GCGUCCCCUUCCGACUCCCCACCUCCAGGUCUGGAACCUGGAGAUGCGGCUCCCGGGAAGAGGGGUGGCGCUGUCCCACGCGGCGUCAGCCUGAGACGCGCCCGGCGCGCAGACACGCUCGCGCGGGCGGCAGCGUCCUCCGCGCUGGGAUGGGCGUGGGGUCCGGCGCGCCCCACUCGGAACCCCGAACGAGCGCGCUCCUGUGCGCGCCCGUGUGCGCAGGACCCGGCCGCGGCCCCUUUGUGCGUCCGCCCGCGGCGGCCGGGACCAUGUGGGUGAACCCCGAGGAGGUGCUGCUGGCCAACGCGCUGUGGGUCACCGAGAGGGCCAACCCGUACUUCAUCCUGCAGCGGAGGAAGGGGCACGCCGGCGACGGGGACGGCGGCGGAGGACUGGCGGGCCUCUUGGUGGGUACCCUUGAUGUGGUGUUGGACUCCAGUGCCCGGGUUGCUCCUUACCGAAUCCUGUACCAGACUCCAGACUCUCUGGUGUACUGGACCAUUGCCUGUGGAGGUUCCAGGAAGGAGAUCACAGAGCACUGGGAAUGGCUGGAGCAGAAUCUGCUGCAGACACUGUCCAUCUUUGAAAAUGAGAACGAUAUCACCACGUUCGUGAGAGGAAAGAUACAGGGCAUCAUUGCAGAAUAUAAUAAAAUCAAUGACGUGAAAGAAGAUGAUGACACAGAGAAGUUCAAAGAGGCCAUCGUGAAAUUCCACAGGCUGUUCGGGAUGCCCGAGGAAGAGAAGCUUGUCAACUACUACUCUUGCAGCUACUGGAAGGGGAAGGUCCCCCGGCAGGGUUGGGUGUACCUCAGUAUUAACCACCUGUGCUUUUAUUCCUUCCUUAUGGGAAGGGAAGCUAAGCUGGUAAUCCGGUGGGUGGACAUCACCCAGCUUGAGAAGAACGCCACACUGCUCCUGCCUGAUGUGAUCAAAGUGAGCACUCGAUCCAGCGAGCAUUUCUUCUCCGUGUUCCUCAACAUCAACGAGACCUUCAAAUUAAUGGAGCAGCUUGCCAAUAUAGCCAUGAGGCAGCUCUUAGACAACGAGGGCUUUGAACAAGAUCGAUCCCUGCCCAAACUGAAAAAGAAAUCUCCUAAAAAGGUGUCUGCUCUAAAACGUGAUCUUGACGCCAGGGCCAAGAGUGAGAGGUACCGUGCCCUUUUCCGGCUGCCGAAAGAUGAAAAAUUAGAUGGCCACACAGACUGUACUCUCUGGACUCCAUUCAACAAAAUGCACAUUUUGGGGCAGAUGUUUGUCUCCACAAAUUAUAUCUGCUUUACUAGCAAGGAGGAAAACUUAUGUAGCCUCAUCAUCCCACUCCGUGAGGUGACCAUUGUUGAGAAGGCCGACAGCUCCAGUGUGCUCCCGAGUCCUCUGUCCAUCAGCACCAGGAACAGGAUGACCUUCCUGUUCGCUAAUCUGAGAGACAGAGACUUCCUAGUGCAGAGGAUCUCAGAUUUCCUGCAGCAGACGACAUCCAAAAUAUACUCAGACAGAGAGUUUGCAGGAAGCUACAACAGUUCUGACGAUGAGCAGGUUUAUUCCCGGCCCAGCAGCCUCGUGUCCUCUAGCUCCCAGAGAAGCACGGGCUCUGAUGCUGACGGUGAGCGCCAGUUUAACCUAAACGGCAAUAGCGUCCCCACGGCCACGCAGACCCUGAUGACCAUGUAUCGGCGGCGAUCUCCUGAGGAGUUCAACCCGAAACUGGCCAAAGAAUUUUUGAAAGAGCAAGCCUGGAAGAUUCACUUUGCUGAGUAUGGGCAGGGGGUCUGCAUGUACCGCACGGAGAAGACGCGGGCGCUGGUGUUGAAGGGCAUCCCGGAGAGCAUGCGGGGGGAGCUCUGGCUGCUGCUGUCAGGUGCCAUCAAUGAGAAGGCCACGCAUCCUGGUUACUAUGAAGACCUGGUGGAGAAAUCCAUGGGGAAGUAUAACCUCGCCACCGAGGAGAUUGAGAGGGACUUACACCGUUCUCUUCCAGAGCACCCAGCUUUCCAGAAUGAAAUGGGCAUUGCCGCUUUGCGGAGAGUCUUGACUGCUUACGCUUUCAGAAAUCCCAACAUAGGGUAUUGCCAGGCCAUGAAUAUUGUCACUUCAGUGCUACUUCUUUAUGCCAAAGAGGAAGAGGCUUUCUGGCUGCUAGUGGCCCUGUGUGAACGCAUGCUUCCAGAUUACUACAACACUAGAGUUGUUGGCGCACUGGUGGACCAAGGUGUCUUCGAGGAACUGGCCCGGGACUAUGUCCCGCAGCUGUAUGACUGCAUGCAGGAUCUGGGUGUGAUCUCUACCAUCUCCCUGUCGUGGUUCCUCACACUGUUUCUCAGUGUGAUGCCCUUUGAGAGUGCAGUGGUGGUUGUGGACUGUUUCUUCUAUGAAGGAAUCAAAGUGAUAUUCCAGUUGGCCCUCGCUGUGCUGGAUGCGAACGUGGACAAACUGUUGAACUGCAAGGACGAUGGGGAGGCCAUGACCGUUUUGGGAAGGUACUUGGACAGUGUGACCAACAAAGACAGCACCCUGCCUCCCAUCCCGCACCUGCACUCCCUGCUCACUGAUGACGUGGAGCCCUACCCUGCUGUGGACAUCUUCCGGCUCAUUGGAACUUCCUAUGAGAAAUUUGGAACUAUUCGGGCAGACUUAAUUGAGCAAAUGAGAUUCAAACAGAGACUUAAAGUGAUCCAGACCCUGGAGGAUACCACGAAACGCAACGUGGUGCGAACCAUUGUGACAGAGACUUCCUUUACUAUCGAUGAGCUGGAAGAACUGUAUGCUCUUUUCAAGGCAGAACAUCUAACCAGCUGCUACUGGGGUGGGAGCAGCAACGCGCUGGACCGGCACGACCCCAGCCUGCCCUACCUGGAGCAGUACCGCAUUGACUUUGAGCAGUUCAAGGGCAUGUUCGCGCUGCUCUUUCCCUGGGCCUGUGGUGCUCACUCUGACGUGCUGGCCUCUCGCUUGUUCCAGUUAUUAGAUGAAAAUGGGGACUCCCUGAUUAACUUCCGAGAGUUCGUCUCUGGGCUGAGUGCCGCGUGCCAUGGAGACCUCACAGAGAAACUCAAACUCCUAUACAAAAUGCAUGUCUUACCGGAGCCGUCCUCUGAUCAAGAUGAGCCAGAUUCUGCUUUCGAAGCAACUCAGUACUUCUUUGAAGAUAUCACCCCGGAGUGCACACAUGUUGUUGGAUUGGAUAGCAGAAGCAAGCAGAGCGCAGAUGACGGCUUUGUCACAGUGAGUCUGAAGCCAGACAAAGGGAAGAAGGUAAAUUCUCAAGAAAAUCGCAAUUAUCUGAGACUCUGGACUCCAGAAAAUAAGUCUAAGUCAAAGAAUGCAAAGGAUUUACCCAAACUGAAUCAAGGCCAGUUCAUCGAGCUGUGCAAAACCAUGUACAACAUGUUCAGCGAGGACCCCAACGAGCAGGAGCUGUACCACGCCACGGCGGCGGUGACCAGCCUCCUGCUGGAGAUCGGGGAGGUGGGCAAGCUUUUCAUCGCACAGCCCACCAAGGAGGCGGGCGGCGUGGGUGGCGGGCAGCCCAUCGCAGCCGGGCUCUUCCCGAAGAAGGGGCCAGGCCAGCCCUAUGGGGUGGAGGCCGCCGAGCCGCCCCCGGCCGACAGCGAGGAGCACUCCCUCGGGGGGCAGAUGGAGGACAUCAAGCUGGAGGACUCCUCGCCCCGGGACAACGGGGCCUGCUCCUCCAUGCUGAUCUCCGACGACGACACCAAGGACGACAGCUCCAUGUCCUCGUACUCGGUGCUGAGUGCUGGCUCCCAUGAGGAGGACAAGCUGCACUGCGAGGACAUCGGGGAGGACACGGUCCUGGUGCGCAGCGGCCAGGGCACCGCGGCGCUGCCCCGCAGUACCAGCCUGGACCGGGACUGGGCCAUCACCUUCGAGCAGUUCCUGGCCUCCCUCUUGACGGAGCCUGCCCUGGUGAAGUACUUUGACAAGCCCGUGUGCAUGAUGGCCAGGAUCACCAGUGCCAAGAACAUCCGCAUGAUGGGCAAGCCCAUCUCCUCGGCCAGUGACUACGAGAUCUCUGCCCUGUCCGGCUGACCUGGGCUUGGGAGAGCAGGGGCGCAGGGGGUGGGCUUUUUUAUGUUCCUCUGUGUUGGGGUUUUCUUUUCCUUUUAAAUUAAAUAUUUAUUCGUACCUGGCUCAAAGCCAAGCGUUUUCAUAAUGUAAUACAGUGGAAACUGUUGAGAAAUAUUGACACACCUCAGUAGGCUCAGCACACUCCUGCUGGGUGAGGGGGCGACCAGAGUACAGUUCAUUCCGUGAAUUUUCCCGGAAAAGAUGAGUCCGUCAGUGAUCCUAUAUGUGUAUUAUAACUUAUUAACCUUGCUGUGAGCUGUAUACAUGGUUUUAAAAAAUAUUGCUGUUUAACGUUAAGUAAGGCAGCCAUCGUUUUGUGUAUUUGGGCUUUUAAAUAAAAUUAGAGCUGUAAGGAAAGAGAAAUGCCACAGAUAACUGUCCUUAGAGGGGAAAGGCUUGGUCAGCGGGGGUCAAUCCUAUUCCACUUCAGCAAGUAUUACAAGUAUUUUUUAACAUUUGAAAAAUAUUCUUAAAAAUCCCCUUCAAAAAUCCAGUCAACACACGUUCUUGUUUAAGGGGAAAACAUUUAGGGUUCCAAACAGUUGUGAAAAUGUAAGUGUUUUCUAUAGAAUGUUGGAAUAACACUCAAAUCUAAUCAAGUAGGGCAGAUACCAGGCCAACUUUGCACAGACGGAUUGUUCAGCUUUUGUGUCACUGGCCACAGGUCACUGCAAGUGAGUCAUCUUCGCUUACAGAGGAUCCGAAGGUGACAGCAAGUGGACAGGGGGCUCAGGAUAGGCUUUGUUGUUUUGCUUUUGAAAGAGUAAAAGUACUGAUGCUUCUGAUACUGGAUUUUCAGCUUCUUGUUAUUCAAUACAAGUAAAGAAAAAAAAAUUUAGAAAUGAACUUUACCAUUUCUAUACUCUUCAUAGAUUGAAGAAAUUAUACCAUGUAUCGCAUAUGACCAUCUUCCCAUUAAAUCAAUGUAGAGAUAAUGUAAACUGAGCAAAAAAAUUCUGCAAGCUAGUGGAGCUAAAUGUUUUAAAACAGAACUUGUCACUUUAUAUACGUAAAAGAAUAGUAUGCUCUAUCUAUUUCCUGAGUGGAUAUGGAAAUGAAAACUAGCACACCUGCACUUUGAAUUCUUGCUUCUUUUUUAAAUUAUUAUUGCAAUUAUGAUUUAGGGUUUGGUAACUUUUUUUUACAGACACUGGAAGGCUUUUGUCUUACUGUUGAAUUCACAAUCAUGUUCACAUUUCCUUUGCUGAUUCUGAAUAUUCCUUCCAACACAUUCCUUUAUCAUACAUGGUGUCCUUAUUUUAGCUGUUGCUGCUGUAAUUUUUAAUUUUGUUUACAGAAUAAUUUUUAAACUGUCAAAUGAAGUAGUGUUAACCUCAAGUAGGAUAAAUGUGAACAAAUAAAAUACUUCAGAUAUGGCUUCCCA